GAACCUCAUCUCUUGAAAGAAACGCAAUAGCGACACUAUUUGAUUUGGAGGAAAUAAGAGACGAUAACGAUCAUGAUUAACCAUCGCCUAAUGCUGAUCGCUCUAAUUCUGGGCUUUCUUACAUUUGAAUCGGUUCAUUCAUUUCAUACACCGAGAGUACCCUCAAAUAUCAGGACGAAAGAAAUUUCGCUGCAGGUGACAGAAGAAAAGAAUUCAGUGGAAGAAACAACCGAAAAAUAUGGAUUGGAAGUGGGCCUUGCACAAGCUGCGAAGGAAGGGGACGGAGAAUCGGCGAAGUCUCUUUUGAAGAAGUACGGAAUUGCAUAUCUGGCAACCUCGAUUCCUUUAGCCAUUGUUAGUUUUACUCUGUGCUAUGUUCUUGUUGACAACGGCGUCGAUGUAGGAUCGCUAUUGGCGAAAGUCGGAAUCGAAGAUACUGGAAUGGCAGAUAAGGCAGGAACAGUUGCGAUUGCGUAUGCUGCGCACAAGGCUGCAAGUCCCAUUAGAUUCCCACCAACUGUUCUUUUGACACCUGUAGUCGCUAAGAUAAUCGGAAAGGAACCAGAAGAAGCAAAGGAGUAAUCACGAUUGAUUUGGAAUUUCAAGCAGAGACUUGAAUUUUUGACAAAGUUUGUGUCUGAAUUGAACUCAAAACCAAUAUGAAAAUGAAUAGACAUGGCCAAACAAGUUACAGGUAGAAAACGGAACUACUUGAACAAUCCAAAAAAUUACUACAGAUCGCAAAGUCGCAAGAAUCCGCGUUGUCUAUAUCAAUGCAAGUGCGACAUCGAUAACAGAUGAGCACCGAAUACCGCAUAGUUCCUCCCGUACAGACAAUUGAAAAAUAAUGUGAAAAGCCAUCUGACAGUUMAAUUUUUUGAUACUGCUUACAACUUAGAAUACCGUGUGUUGGUGACCGUUAGUGUAUUCGUAGAUAGUUACUUUUAAUAAAAACGAAAUGUUUAU